GGUGCGGCCGGGUUUUGGCUACAAAGGUGGGCUUGGGAGGAAGAGGAGGCCCCGCUGAGGGGUCCAUGGCGCAGAGACUGCUCCACAAUGGAUGGAGGAGAAGGUAGUGCUGACCUUGUGAUUAACAAAAGAUUUGUCUCUGAAGCGGAGAUAGAAGAGCGGCGCAAGCGAAGACAGGAAGAAUGGGAGAAGGUCCGGAAACCCGACGAGCCCGAAGAAUGUCCCGAGGAAGUGUACGACCCCCGCUCACUGUACGAAAGGCUCCAGGAACAAAAGGACAAGAAGCAGCAGGAAUUUGAGGAGCAGUUCAAGUUCAAAAACAUGGUGAGAGGCCUAGACGAAGAUGAGUCCAAGUUCCUUGAUGAGGUUUCUCGGCAGCAAGUGCUAAUAGAAAAGCAGCGUAGAGAAGAAGAUCUAAAGGAGCUGAACGAGUACAGAAGCACUUUGUCAAAGGUGGGGGUCAGCGCUGAACUAAAGAAGGAAGCAGAGAAGAAGCUUUCAGUGAAAUUGGCAGAAAACAAGAGCAAGUUCUCUCAGGCAAAGCUGUUGGCAGGAGCUGUGAAACAUAGAAGUUCAGAAGGUGCCAACAGUGUGAAAAGGUUGAAGCUUGAUCCGGAUCCUGAGCUUGACAAGUCUCCAGAAAAGCCCUCGUGCGUCCCGCUGGGCAGCAGCAGCAGCAGCAGCAGUUCCAUGAGUGGCUCCGCGCUCCACUGCCCCUCAGCUGCCGUGUGCAUCGGGAUCCUGCCUGGCCUCGGCGCCUACUCAGGAAGCAGCGACUCCGAGUCCAGCUCAGACAGCGAGGGCACCAUCAACUCCACCGGCAAGAUCGUCUCCUCGGUGUUCCGUGGCAGCAACUUCUUCGACGCCCCGCUGUAGGAUUCUUCCCAGCCCCGUUAGAUGCUCGGUUGGGACGUUUCCCUUUUUCAUCCCAGUCAUCUUCCAAACUUGCCACUUUUCCGAUGUCUCUAUUUUUUGGCAAUACCAAAAUAAUGUGCUGAAGCUGUCUAUGUGGGUGUGGGUCUCUCUCUCUCUCCCUCCCUCCCCCUCCCAAGACUGAGUUCAGUUUGCGAGGGAGUAUGGAUGGGUUCUUAGUUUCAUCCGGAAAUACAACCAUUGGAGCAAACGACACGAGGCACGGAUGAGGACGGGAAGUGCCUUGCAUUUUAAAGAGAAAUAUUACACAGGGGAGUGUUACAAGUUGGUUUUACGAAGACACCUCCGUGGGGCACAGCUGUCUGGCAGGCCUGGGGCACGUGGGAUGGCGGCCUAGUUUUUCCGUAUCGUUUCUAUGAUAUCAUUGAGAAGGAGGGGAGAGAGCAGAAUCAAGCAGAUGGUAAAACGCGGAUUACCAUGACACUGUAACAAAGUUUUAGUGUUGCAUCUGAUUAAAGAAAUCCUGAAAACAUUUU